AUGCCUCGAGACUCGACUUCAGACGAGCCUCUGCUCGGCCACCGUAAUGAGCCCUCGGGCCAGCAGGACUCCGACACCGGAUUCUCUAUCACAUGCGAAGAUCUCGCGCCUCUUACGGAUCCCACCAACCCAACCUUGCCUCACCAGAUGGGCGGCAUCGAAAAGAUCUGUCAGGCCCUCAAGGUCGACCCCAAGGUCGGUCUGCGCUCAGAUGAGGCCGACUCCUCGUCCGUUGGCCACUCGGACCAACCCAAAUUUGCUACCAGAUCCAAAGCCUUUGGUCGCAAUAUCCUACCCGCAGCGAAGAGCGCCACCUUCUUCCAGCUUAUCAAGAAGGCCUACAAUGACCGUACCCUGAUCCUGCUAAGCGUUGCCGCAGUCGUAUCAUUGGGCGUGAGUGUGUAUGAGGAUUAUGGGCCGCACCAUGACCCUGAUGAGCCCCGCGUAGGGUGGGUCGAAGGCGCUGCAAUUCUCGCCGCUGUUGCUGCCGUCGUCUUCACGAAUGCCAUCAAUGAUUAUCAGAAGGAACGUCAGUUCCUCAAACUUAGUGCCAAGAAAGAUGACCGCAGCGUGAAGCUGUUGCGCGAUGGUCGCGACCAGGAAAUUAACAUCAAGGAAGUCCAGGUUGGAGACAUCCUACUUAUGGAGCCUGGUGAUCUUCUCGCCGUCGACGGAAUCAUUCUCAAGAGUCACAACAUCACCUGUGAUGAGUCCUCUGCUACGGGCGAAUCAGACGCCAUGAAGAAGGACACGGAGAAAAAAUGCUAUGUGAUUUCUGGAUCCAAGGUUCUGGACGGAUCAGGAUCUAUGCUCGUCACGGCUGUUGGAACCAACUCUUUCUUUGGAAAGACCAUGAUGGCUAUGCGUGAGGCCCAACCCGAGGAGACCCCUCUCCAGCUGAAGUUGGAUCUCUUGGCAGAGUCGAUCGCAAAGCUUGGUAUGGCAGCCGCCAUUGCCAUGCUGGUGACCCUGGUUGCCAAGUACUUUGUUCAGGCUGCGCUGUCCGAAGAUCCUUUUCCCCCUGGCGCCGAUAUCUUUUCGAGCCUUAUCAAGAUUGUCAUCCAGGCUAUCACCAUCGUCGUUGUUGCCGUCCCUGAGGGUUUACCUAUGGCGGUCACCCUCGCCCUCGCCUACGCCACCACCCAGAUGCUGAAGGACAACAAUUUGGUUCGCGUCCUUUCUGCCUGCGAGACCAUGGGCAACGCCACCACGGUCUGCUCCGAUAAGACUGGAACUCUGACCCAGAACAAGAUGACUGUAGUCGAGGGUACCCUUUCGCUGUUGCCCUUCGGAUCUGUGGAUGAGGGCAAGAACUGGAAAAAUGAUGCUCGUCCUGAGAUUGUCGAUGUGCUUAUUGAGGGAAUCGCCGUCAACUCGUCUGCGUUUGAAGAUAAGGAUGAAAAGGGCAACCUUGCUUUUAUUGGAUCCAAGACUGAGUCGGCAUUGAUGGGCUUUAUCAAGAAUUUGGGCGCCUCUUACAGCGACAUUCGUGCGGACGUCAAUGUCGUCAAGAUGUACCCCUUUAGCUCGGCCAAAAAGACCAUGUCUUGUGUCGUUGAGUCUCCACGUGGCAAGGAGCCAUACCGUCUCUAUGUCAAGGGCGCAUCCGAAAUCGUUUUGAGGUCCUGCACUCACUAUAUCGACUCUGAGGGCCAAGCGAAGGCCCUGGACGAGAAUGCGCGCGCCAGGUUUGACCAGAUUAUCAGCCAGUAUGCCGACAAGGCUCUUCGCACGAUUGCCCUCAGUUACCGCGAUAUUCCGUCGUCCGAAUACAAGAAAUUCAACGAGGAAGACGCGCCCAACGAUAAGCUGGUCUGCCUCGGUAUUGUUGGAAUUCAGGACCCAUUGAGGCCCGGCGUGGUGGAGAGCGUUCGCGAGUUUGCAAAGGCCGGUGUGAGUGUUCGCAUGAUUACUGGAGACAAUAUCCAGACUGCCCGAGCCAUAGCCAAGGAUGCUGGAAUUUUGGUCAAGGGAGGGCUAGCCAUGACUGGACCCGAGUUCAGAGCACUGUCAAAGGAGGACCAGACCGAGGCCGUCAAGCGGCUCCAGGUUUUGGCCCGUAGUAGUCCUACUGACAAGACCAUCGUUGUUCGUCGUCUUCAGGAACUAGGAGAGAUUGUCGCCGUGACCGGCGAUGGAACGAACGACGGACCUGCUCUCAAGAUGGCUGACGUUGGGUUCUCGAUGGGUAUUACUGGUACUGAGGUCGCGAAGGAGGCAUCGGCUAUUGUGUUGAUGGACGACAACUUUAGUAGCAUUCUCAAGGCGCUCAUGUGGGGCCGUGCUGUCAACGACUCUGUGCGAAAGUUCUUGCAGUUUCAGCUGACGGUGAACAUCACUGCCGUGGUGCUGUCGUUUAUUUCAGCGAUCGCGUCGGACGACAAUCAAUCUGUUCUUUCAGCGGUUCAGCUACUCUGGAUUAACCUUAUUAUGGAUACGCUUGCAGCCCUGGCCCUUGCGACCGAGCCCCCGAGCCCCGAUAUGCUGAAACGUUUCCCGACCUCGAAGACUGCACCUUUGAUUAAUUUUAACAUGUGGAAGAUGAUUCUCGGGCAGGCCCUGUUCCAGAUUAUUCUCAAUCUGGCGCUUCUCAAAUACGGCGCCGACCUGUUUCAUCUCCAGUCCGAGGACGGCACGAAGACACCACAGGACCUGUUGACACUCCGCACGAUGAUUUUCAACACAUUUGUCUUCCUCCAAGUCUUUAACGAACUCAAUUGCCGCCGCAUUGACGACACGAUCAACGUGUUCAAGAACGUUCAGCACAACAAGAUCUUUAUCCUUGUUCAGGUAGCUGUUGUUGCCGGUCAGGUCUUGAUUGUGCAAUUUGGUGGGCAGGCCUUCAAGACAACGCCUCUGAGUGCUCAUCAAUGGUUGGUGACGGUUCUGAUUGGGUCCCUGUCAUUGCCUGUGGGCCUGUGCCUGAGAUUGCUGCCUGCGAAGCUGAUCCCCGAGGCAGUUAUCCACCAUGCGCAGGAGGAGCGUCAGCCGCUGGUCAGUCCUGCACGUAUGCGCUGGGAGGGAGCGUCGAAUCAGAUGAUGGUUCAGAGUCACUUUUUCGAGGCGAUCCGCAAGAAGAAGGGACCUGUCCGCGGACGCGGUUUAGAGGACGAUGGGUCGAAGAGCUCGAUAUGGAAGAAGGCCUAUGGGGCGGCAAAGACCAGUUUAGAUAACCUUAAGCCCAGUUAG